UUCAACAUUUCAACAAAAUACCAAUAUCCUUGAAAACAAAUUUUUGACAUUCGUAUUUGUGUUUGUGUUUUUGGCAUAAAUUUGUAAAAAUUUCCCAAGUUGAAAAUUUAAAAAGUUGUUACAGGGUAGAUAAAUCAAAGUAAAGUUAUGGGUGACGUAGAGGCACCAUCCAGCGAAAACAUCACCGAAACUCCCGCCCCCGAAAACGCCACUUGCGACGUCCCUAAACCCUCAAUCGACAUUCUAAAAGAAGCCAAACCUAGCGAAAACAUCGCAAUAAACGAAUCGAACGAAAAAAUUGAAAAUGCACCACCAACGAUAAAUAUAGAAACGACUUUAAAAACCUCAACGACUGAAGACCCAGUCGCGGAAAAACCAGUCGAUGAGUUGAAAAACGACAAUAAAACAGUGGACGACAGCGCCCACAAUGCCGAAGAAGCCGCAAUUAAGCAAAAGGAAAAAUGCGCUUUGAGGAACAAAAGCGACAUUUUCUCAGUGCAUGAGAACAAAAACGCAUCGACUACGAUUUUUUCGGUCGGAGGAGCGCCCGCAAAGACCAUCCACAACACAACAAGCGUCAACUCAAGCUCGAACGAGACCAUCAGUUCAGGUGCCUCCAGACAAAGUCACUUGAGAAACCCUCUGACGGGGAUGGGGGUGAGCUCCAACGACGAAUUUCGGACGAAACCGUCGAAACGCAAAGACGGCAAUCCUUUGCUUGGUGUCGGCUACAAAGACGACGACCAAGUGCUGAACGCGCCACCCAGUCAGAGAAUCCCCCCAGGUGGUUGGUCGAAAGGUUUAUGGUGAAUCAGAGCAAAACCCAAAAUUUUAGUGAACGAAUGAAUCUCACCUUCGUCGAACUGCGAAACUGAUAAUAAAACAGUCCAGCGACGUCUUGACCAUUUUUUUUGGUUGCACAACCGGUAUUUUCUUCUACAUUUCGUUUCCAAAAAAUCGUCAAAAUCCGGCAUUGCGCCGCAAAACAACGUCUCAGAAUCGCGGAUUUUUUCAACUAAAUCUACGAAUGACUGCUAAACUAAAAUUAAUUCUGCACUAGCAUCCAAGACCUAUUUUUGUCCGUGUGAUUGUCAAGAUAUUGUCACGCGAUUGCGUUCAUUACAACAUCUUUAGAAUUAAUCAAAAUCAGUUAACGUCUGUCGAUUGCUGGAAUUUGUCGCACGGCUUGGACACAUUUUGGACUGCAUCCAGGAGUUACAAGGGGGUAUUUUUAGAUGCGACUGUAGGUAAUUUUUGAUACUAAUUAGAUCUAAGUUCAUUCACUUGUGCACAAGUGACUUAAUUUGAGUGCAUCUUCGCCACUUGACCCCUUAAUUCGACACUACAACUAAAUACAUUUUCAGCAACGAAAUGCAAUCACCUUGUAUUUAUUUGAAAAGUGUCCAGAUAAUAAUCGAUCGAUAAGUGAUACCAAAACACAAUCAAUACAAUUCAGCAAAUAGUACAAUCGGAGACCUACAACCGAACAUAAUCGAAAAUUAAAAGGUUGAGCUUAAUAAUUAACAAAAAGGUUAAAAUGCCAAAAGGUCAUUGACGACAGCUUGCCAAAACAAACGGAAUUUCUGACUUAAGACUGCCAGUUUCGUGACAGCAAGAAGGGGGGAAUUGUUCGUUACACAAUCCCCUUUUUUCGCGAUAAAAAUCAGUCUCAAUUAAUUGAAAAACUCACCUGAUACAUGUUUUACAGAUUUUGGUGUUGAUGUAGAUGUCAUAUUUAAAAACACCCACAGAGUAAAACUGAUCACAUCCACGCACUUGUAUUCUUACAUUUUUUGCGCAUUUUUUUCAUUGAACUAAUUUGAAAUUUUUACAUUUUCUUUCAUUGUAACUAAAUUAAAUUGGUGGACGAUAAAAAAAUAUACAAUCAAGAUAAAUUGAGGCAUGUGCCGCCAUCUGGAACGUCACCUGUCACAACUUGACAACAAUCGAUAAUGCUGUCGGUAAAAAAGGUCUCGUGCAACUUGCAAUGUUUAUUUCUUGUGUUUUUACAAGUGAGACAAUUUGAAUUGGAAAAAUUCUGAUAAAUGUGUGUUGUGAUCCUUUAUUUUAAUGUAUUUGGGUGUUUUUAUUGCACGGGGGGCGGAUUGGACUGGUGACAGGUGGCAGCACUAUACCUGUCAAAAUUCCUUCUGUAGGAAAGUCUUAUUUGUUUAUGUAGGACUUAGGGCUCUGUAUAAUGCCCUUCCUCAGUCUUUCCUGUUUUAUUUUGUAAAAUCUGCAAAUGAUUUGUUUUUCUUACGGGUUUGAGCUUAUGGCAUAUUAGCUUCAAAAGGAGUCAAAAAUGGGAAAUUCGGGGCUAAAACAGCACAUUGUAACGGCUCAAAAAACCGGCGUUUUGAAAUUAUCCCAAGGACACCUCAACGGAUUCCCCCCCGAGUUCAGGCAACUUGAAGGCAAUUUGCGAACCUUGGAUUUAUCUGACAACAAGUUUGUAAAUUUACCGAACGAAAUAAGCCGUUUUUUGCAGUUGAAACACCUAAAUUUGAAUAAGAAUAAGUUGGUGAAAAUCCCCGACUGUAUCGGAGCUCUUACAAAACUGGAAACGCUCAAUCUUUGUCACAAUAAUUUAACCAGUUUGCCACGAACUCUAUCGAAUUUGAUCAAUUUAAAGCAAGUUUAUUUGUGUGAGAAUCAUUUAAAAGAAGUACCUUUGAUGUUUUGUAGUUUGAAACACUUAGACAUCCUAGACUUGUCUAAAAACGAUAUCACUUCUGUGUCUGCAGAAGUUUCAGGUUUAAAUGUCGUUGAACUAAAUCUAAAUCAAAACCAAAUUUCUGAAAUUUCCCCCCAAAUCGCGAACUGUCCGCGCUUAAAAACGCUGCGUCUGGAGGAGAAUUGCUUGCAGCUGUCUGCCAUACAUUCCAAAAUCUUGACUGAUUCAAAAAUCUGUAAUUUAGCGGUUGAUGGAAACUUGUUUGAGUUGAAACAGUUGGCAGACGUGCCCGGAUACGAUGCCUACAUGGAGCGAUUCACAGCAGUCAAGAAGAAAUUGUUUUAAUUCCAAUAAUACGCCUAUCAUAAACAUGGUUGUGAAAAUUUUCAGUCUAACUUUAUUCCCUCCAAUUCUCCAGCAUGUACGACCCGAGUCUCACACACCUUUCUCAUAAAUUGAUGUGCAUGGAAUACCGUAAAAUAAAGACAAUCAGUGUAAGUGUUUUGUGUUAGAUUCUUUCAUAAAAUCGUGAUGUGCGUUACAAUACAAUAAUAUUCGUGCUAGCUUAGUCCCUAAUCUUCUGAAAAGUAUUUUGGGGCCAAACAUACUUUCAAAUGUCUGAUAUUUAGGGUAACGAUAGUAUUUUUAACAUGUAGAUUAUGACUUGUGAUUAUAUUGUGAAGAUUAGAGACGAGUUCUUACUUCUUUUCACUUUUUGUGGACAAGACACCAAUUUUGAGGGCCGAAACAACUUUAUUUCAAGUGUGCUUGCAAUGAAAGCAAUAAAUUGUUUCUCACUCUAGCUAUUCAGAUAUUCAUCUCUUUGUGAAACACUGCGCAUUUAAAUUUAUCUUUAUUCCGUGUUGUUGUUCGAUAGGAUGUUACGUUACUCACAAUAUUAUGCAUGUGUUGCUGGUUCUAGUUGGUUUUUUUAUUGGAAAAAAUUCGGGAAUAAGGUGGUGCCAAUUUGUUUCAUUACGAAGUGAUUGCGGAUUUAUUUAUCAAAGAUAAAAAGCGCUUAUAAUUGUACAGAUGUUAUUUAUUAUUUAUUGUUAUUUAUAUAAUAUUUAUGAGUAAGUUAUUUUAUGGAAAAAUACAUUUCAAAGCCUCAAGUGUACUUCUCAAUUACUAUACUGUACUUUGUAAAAUAUGUUGCACAUUUGCUAUCUCUAUUUUUUAUUGUACAUUUAUCCGAUUUCUAUCUAAACAAUAUAUACAGCCUCAGUGAAAACCGUCUUUCAUUUAUAAAAAUUGUUAUCGCUGCUUGUUUUUAGAGCGUUAUUUAUCGGUUAUCAACGAUUUUGUUUGCCUUUUAGAUUUUUUAAUCGUCCUUGAAUUAACUGCAUUCAAACGUCAGAUUAACUUGUCACGUGACCGAGCUGAACCAAUCAGAUGCGUAAAUUUGCAUGCUAAUCGAGCAUUAACUUUUAACCAGUUGUUACAUCAUCUGAAGUCAAUGACAUGUUUUUUUUUUAUUGAAAAAAAUAGUCAUUUCCGGGACACCUAUAGAAAAUAUUCAAUUGUUUUAUGCCCCUUUGUGACGUUACGUCAAUAAAACAACCGAUCAUCGUCGUUUUAGAUUUAUUUAUGGUUUUGUUAUCGGUGAAAGUUACCAACUUCCAAGGUUAUUUUUAUUUGAACUGCAGCUACGCGUUAUUCAAUAGUAAACCUUAUUUUUAACCCGAAAAUCUCCUCUAUUUACUGGAAAUUGGAAAUAGAUAACGUGACUCAUUGUUGAUAAUUGUUUUGUUUUAUCAUGUGUUACCACAACAAUUUCCAAAAAAAUUGCUCGGAAUAAUACCAACAUAAACACCUGGAAUUGUACCAUGAUAAUAAUAAGACUGAUAAGUGUUUAACGAGUGUAAAUUUUUUAAUUUUGAUUACAUUACAUUAUUUUCCACCUCACCUCCACGGCUCCAUCCCAUUUGGUGAUUGAAAAACGUCCCCAACAAAAUGCAGCCAUCUUAAGUUUUUUCUCAACCGUGACAUUAUCCAUCUCUCUCCUGCUGCUUGCAAUUGCCAUGUGUUGGAGAGAGUGCGAAUGCCGGUAAAUCUAGUUUCCGUGUUGCAACUUCUCUUCGAUCUGUAUUGUUUAUGGCUGUCCUGUAGUGGCGUGUUGCGCAAAAACGUAUUUCACUAAAACUUUGUUGAUUUUGUGAGAUUUUUUUGCUGGUUUAAAUUCUUGUGAAUUAAAAACGGUGUUUGGAUCAUCG